AUGAUUAAAGCCUGUAAACUGAACCGAGACGUUCCGCUCUUCCACGCAGGGUGCCUGUCCAUCCUCGAGCACGUGGCGGAGCCAUCCCUGGUUGCCAACUGUUCCGCGGCCGUCCUGCGCUGCCGGCUGGACACAUCGGGCCCAAACCUCGAAGUCUGGUGGACGUUCCACGGCGAGAACGCCUCCAAGCUCCCGAACGUCGUGCUCGUGCCUCCGCCGAGCCGCAACGCGACCUCUGUUGGCAACCUCACCAGUCCCGUCACCACCACUCCCGCGACCACCGCGACCACAACCGCCGCGUCCACGAGCACAGCCGCAACCGGAGCCAACGCCACUCAGACAACACCGGCGCCCCCAUCGUCAUCGUCGCCCGUGACGUCAACGGCGGAAGCGAGUUUGGAUGACGUCACCACCGUUUCGGAUGACGUCGGCGACAACGCGGCGGCGACGACGACGGUCUCCCCGGCGGCCCUGAGCACGACCGUGAGCAGUUCGGGUGGAUCGGAGGCGACCGACGAAGAAGCGGCAGACGACGAGUCUGUCUGGACGCUUCGGCUCAACUGUCCCACGCUCGAGCACGCCGGAAGUUACGCCUGCUACGCACUCUCCAGAAACGCCAGCGAGUUCAUCUACAAGAAGGAGGCCUCGCUCGACGUCUACGUUCCGGUCAGUGUGGAAGUGGAGCAGAGUGUGGUGGAAGCCGAAGCCAACUCGUCGGUGACCCUAACAUGUCUGGCCACGGGCCAUCCCGCCGUGACGACCCUGCUUUGGUCCCGUGCCCCGGACGACGCAGCAGCGGCCAACGGGACCGGCCACAGCAACAGCAGCAGCGUCAUCAUCAACAACAACAACGCGACCAGCAGCGACGCCAGCUUGAAGCGGGAGACGAACGUGACGCAGAUCUCCGAGGUGACGUACCAGGCCCAGCUGACGCUUGAGUCCCUCCGGCGAGAAGACAAUGGCACGUACGUCUGCUACGCGGCCAACGAGUACAACGUGACCAUGGCUCUUCAGGAUGUCCUAGUUCUGGAGUCCCCCGAAGUGAACCUGUCGUCGCUGAAGGCCGAGGACGCGAGGACGGCCAAGCUCAGCUGGAGGGUGCGACACUCGGGCAACCAGCCCGUCUCGCGAUACCACCUCCAGGUGCGCAACUACAGCACCGAGGCCGACUGGCUGGACGUACACAACGCAGUGCCUCCCAACAUGACCUCCUACCUGGUGCACUACCUGGCUCCAGGAGCCACAUAUGGCUUCCGUCUGGCCGCCGUCAACUCGGUGGGCAACGGGCCUUGGGAGCAGCGUAACAUAACCAUGCCUCCGGACGUACCUCCAAAGAUCAACCAAGUCCACCUGUUGGCAACGACAAAUGAAACUUUGGUGUUUGCCUGGCGGAGGCCCAGCCACGACAAUGGGGCCAACAUCAGUCAGUACAACCUGGAACUGUUCAGGCCAGGCCAGACGCACAGGAACCAAACCACACUGUCGGCAGAACCGCAGAACAGGCUCAAGCACAUGUAUGUCUACGUUGGGCUCACGCCCGGGGAGCAAUAUGUUUUUCAGAUGCGUGCUUGCAACAUUAUUGGCUGUGGGAAUUGGUCAGAUCAGUUGGAUGUCAGCACUGCAGAUGGAAUGGCUGGUGCACCCCAGAACGUUGAGAUGCACUGUUUUGCCAACCCGGAAAUGAACAUGACCUACAGCGUCAUCACGUGGGAGCCCCCAGAAGAUGCACGGGGCACCAUUCUUGGAUACAAGGUAUCGCUGGAAGGUCACGCCUUCUUCAGAAGGGAAACUGGCUUGUUUGACACCGAGCGUCUCAAAGAGCCGCACGAGGUCAACUCGACAACUCACAAGUACACGCUGACCAUCAAGCCUAACACCAACUACACCGUGCGCAUCUGCACCGUCAACAAGGCAGGCUGUGGUAACCUCAGCGGAGUCACCGCAAAGUCGACCUGCACGUCGCCUCCCAUUGGUCCUGCGCAGCUUCCCAAGUUCAACCUGCAGAAAAUGGAGAGGGAGAAGAGGCAGCAGCAACUCAAGCUGCACCUCAAGAGGGUGUCUGAGCGGAACGGAAACAUUCUAUGCUAUCGAGUAAUUGUGGUGAAGCUAGCGCGUGGGGAAACCCUGGAGUCUCUGCCCAAAGAUCAGCGGCAGCUCAACAUUACAUCCUACCAAGAGGUUCACAAGGGAAACUCUAAUGGUGCCUAUAUUGCCGAAGCAAUCAGCAGUGACAAGUUCGUCGAAGAGGUUGUCCUGGGGGAUGACCGGAACCGCGUGUGCUCCGCGGAGUCUGCAUUGCGGAGCCCUUCCUUCUCGACGGAGGAUGCGCGGCUCUGGCGGGGAGUGACCGAGAACCCAGCACACAACACAUCGGAGACGCCUCCGUCUGCGUCCACCUUCGAGACGGAGUACGUGAGAGACGGCGCGCUGGCUGCAAACACCAACUACACGGGCUUCGUGCAAGUGCAUGUGCGAGGAUCCAAUGGGACCCUACUGUCGCAGCAGAGCCCUUACUUUGCCCCGGUGGAAACUGGUGCAGAUCGCAACCACAUCACCGCGGAGAGUCCUGCUGCUAUAGUUUUCGGAGUGAUUUGUGGCCUUGUGCUGGUUGCACUCAUGAUGGUCAUCAUCGUCUGCAUCAUGAAGAAGAAAAACGGUCAGCUGUACGAGGGUCAAGGUGAGAGGCUGGGGCUAACGGCUCUGCUACGGAGAACCAUUCAGAAGAAUGGACAUGUUCCUCGGGGAAAAAGGGGAAGCUUUGCGGCGUCGCCCAACACCAUCUCCAUCUCGGCCGACAACCUGCCAACAGCCUUCAUCAAGCGACACUGUGACAGUGACCUGCUUUUCCAGAGCGAAUUCGAGAUGUUACCUGAAAGGUUCAGGGACCGAAUGACUGUCGCUUCUGACGCCCCCGAAAACCUGCACAAGAAUCGCUAUCCUGACAUCAAGGCUUUUGACCAAACCCGGGUGAAGCUUACGGCCAUCGACGGGAUUCCGGGCUCAGACUACAUCAACGCCAACUUUGUUGAGGGAUUUGGGGGCAAGAAGAUGUUCAUCUGUGCUCAAGGCCCGCUGGAUCGGACCGUGACGGACUUCUGGAGGAUGAUCUGGGAGCACCGUGUCUCCGUCAUCGUGAUGCUCACUGGCAUUGAAGAGAACGGAAAGGUCAAGUGCGCACAGUACUGGUCGGAUGACGGCACGAAGGAAAUCGAGAAGCAGUACACAGUCAGGGUGAUGACGACAAAGAAGUACUCGGACUACAUCGUCAGGCGCUUUUUUGUGGAGCACACUGAGGGUGGCAUUGCUGAGGAGCGAGAGAUGCUGCAGUUUCACUUCACUAUGUGGAAGGACUUCCUGGCACCUGAGCAGCCCUCGUGGCUGCUACGCUUCAUUAAGCGCGUCAAUGAACACUACGUCUCCGACCGUGGCCCACUCCUAGUCCACUGCAGCGCUGGCGUUGGUCGCACUGGGACAUUUGUGGCCAUCGAUUCUCUUUUGGAAGAGUUGGAGAAAACAGAGGAAGUGGACAUCUUCAGCUGCGUGAGCAGUCUUCGGAAGCAGAGAAACUUUCUGGUACAAUCCCUGAAACAGUACAUCUUCAUUUACCGGGCACUGUUGGAGCACGCUCAGUUUGGGGACACCGAGAUUGAAAUUCAACACCUGAGGGACCAUUAUCUCCAGCUGAAGGAGAAACUAGGAAACUCCGAGAAGACUGGGAUGGUACUCGAGUUUGAGAAACUUGGGGAUGUGAUAGAGGACCCUAAGACGUGUUGCGUGGGAAUGAUGGACAUGAAUGUGGGCAAGAACAGAUACGACUUCAUUGUACCCUAUGACUUCAAUAGGGUUAUUUUGCCGGUGUCACCCUCGAGAGACCAUUCUUCGUACAUAAAUGCAUCUUUUGUACAGGGUUACGACCGGUCGCUCUCGUUCAUCAUCACCCAAGACCCCUUGGACUGCACGGUGGUCGAGUUCUGGCGCAUGAUAAAGGAGCAGUGCAUCUCAACCAUCGUCAUGCUGUCCGAACUCGGGGAGGGGCAGACCAAGUGCCAACAGUACUGGCCCUCGGACGGUGAACUCAUGUGCGACUACGUCAAAGUCAAAUUUGUGUCCCAGGACGUUGGCAAUCACUUCAUCAGGAGGGAGUUUGACGUCAUCAACGUCAAGCAAGGGGACAGCCAUCGGACAACGCAGUUGCAGUACCUGGGCUGGGUCGGGCAACCUGUCAUGGACGCCGACAGCACGGCAAGCGUCCUGUGCCUCGUCGAGUGUGCCCAGCAGGGACAGAUGCAGCACCCAAACAGCGGUCCCAUCACUGUGCACUGCAGCGGUGGUGGAGAUCGGAGCAGCGUCUUUGUGACGUUGAGCGUCCUGAUUCAGCAGCUGAAGGCUGAAGAGCGGGUGGACGUUUUCCAGGCGGCUCGCUACACGCGCUCCCAGCGGCACUGCAUGUUGCAGACGCCGAACCAGUACGAGUUCCUGUACCGGGGCCUGCUGACCUACAUCGAGUCGCACAACCUCUGCAACAUGGGAGACACCCAGCUAUGAGGGCUGCACAUGCUAGGAUGUUCCAAGGUCCACUGGCACCAUGAGCGGCGCGGCAACGGUAGCGGCGGCGGCACCGGAGGCUGCUCGUGCGAGCCGCACGUCCACGCUCCCCGACCCCGAGGAAUGCCGCUUCCCCGGCGCUGACACCCCGCGGGACGAAGGAGACGCCGCAAGCUCGAAGACCAGCGGGACUGGCAGCGAAUGCACGGCGUUGGGAAGACGGCAAGAUGCACAGGCCACGCAGUGACCAGCGUUCUAUGCAGGCGCCCAUACGGACCGCGUAUAACGACACAUCUUGGCUUUUUUUUUUUCUUUCUGCUUCUCAUUGAUGAGUUGUCUAAUUACUUAGAUCGGAACUUCGUAUUUCUCUCAUUCAAAUUCAGCGGUCAUUUGAAUGCAGCCGUUUUCAGAUGUCCCUGCUACUGCUGCCCGAAAACAGACAAUCAGCGAAUCGAUAAAUUAAAUUUUCUUGUGCUGUACUCUUGAAAAGCAGUUAAGUAGGCUCGUGCGAAUUAGUGGAUUUUCAGUUCGAAGCACACUCGAAGCAGAUGGCGAUUGCUUCAACUGAAUAGCUGAAGGGGCAUAAAGAAAGCCUUACAGCAGCUCUAGCGAUUCAAAAAAGUUCACCCUGUGUCUAGGGUGCCAUAGUGCGUUCGCUUUCAAUCGAGACUUGAAAGAAGUGGCAAACGCUCGUUCCUCCAGUCACAUUUCAGCAAGUCCCUCGUUGUUUGUGACAUGUCUCGGCCAGUCUGAUGGCUAUGUGGCUUACUCCCUGAAUCCGAAACCAUAGAGAAGAACUGUCUAAAGCUUCGUCAUUCAUUCGCGUGAAAUGCUUCCGUCAUUUUAGAAUACUAAAGUUUGAGGUUGAAGCAAGUGUUGAAUAGUUGCACGAGCCCAUUGUUGAACAAUCGGCAGUUCAUGUAUUUCGUUUUUUAUCAAGGUUAUUUGAAUAUUUUAAUACGGAGCUCAAGGAUAGACACUGCGGAUACCCAACUUCUGACAGGUAUCUAUUUUUUUUUUUACACAAAUUAAAAAAAUGCAGUCUUUUAGACUGGUAUUUGAGACGCUGGUUCUGCCGUUGUCUGCAAAGCAGUUGUCAGUCAUGCUGCAAGUUCAUCCUUUACUAAAUCUGUCUGAAAUAGGUAGCUUCAACUAAUGGCAGCUACAUUUCAACAGUUCUCAUUGAACACCUUGUGUAAACUUUACAUUUAACUAAAUGCUAAUCACUCUCAUCAAAUAGAGCAAUAGCAUCUUUGCUUGUCAUUGCCAUCUCUAACAAGAAGCCACAGUUAAUGACCACCGCAAGAUGGUAACUUGCCGUCUUCUUCACGCCGUCUUCGAGCCGUCUCGGCAAGCAGUGAUUGCAAGAACAUGGAAGCUGCGAGAAGGCGACGUCGCGUCCAAGUGUGCGAAUGUGUUCGAAGACUGACGUGUGACGUGAAAGUCUCGACUUCCAUCUUCCUGGCUGAAGAGAGAGAGAGGAAGUGUUUUGUGAUACCAUGCAUAGAGGAGAAUCUGCAAUUGAGGCCAUGGCUACAGUCGGAACGGUUACAAACGAUUUCGUGCUUUCAGUCGCUAUCCGAUGUUCCACCGAAAAGCUGUUGAAUUAUCAGUGCCGGGGAACUGCACAGACUGUACAGUUCACCUGGACGACUCUUCACAAUUACUGUGCGGGAAAUGAGAAACGAAUCUUCAGCGUCACGUCCACAGUGUUGUCAGCGUCAUUCCGUCGAGAAUCGGGGACAAAGCCGCUGCCCUGCCCGGUGCAAGCAGUGGCGACUUCCAUCCAGAACUUUGUUGUUGUUGUUUUUGCGACGCUGCAUAGUUCAAACGUCAGUGCUGUAGGACUGGUGCGAUCUAUAUCGAGGCUAUGCGUUGUCGUGCUCCCGUCGUCGUUUGUUUUCGGACGGACGAAUACGGAACCGGCGGACUUUUGGCAGGUGAACGCUGCUCGUCGUCUCUUUUCUAUAGAAGCAAGUUAGAGGUGGUGCGACGCCGGUGACCUUUUUACAUGGACGCUGGGCCGCCAUGAUCCCGGAAGAAACAAAAAUGGACGUCGAGGCAUACUGCGGAGCAACAGACUGUUUUGUACAAGCCUUCGUCACUUCCUCUACUUUAGUUUUCUAAUCCAGAGUGUGUGCAUGUGUGUGUGUUUUUAAAAUGGAGUGUGCGCGAGCGUGAACGCUUUCUUUAGUGGAGGGAUGCCGAGCAAUUUUGUUUUGCGUUUUUUGGAGCUGCUCCAAUGCGGAAGAGCGGGCCACAAGACAGAGUUCUUGGAGCACCUCCCAGAAUUCAGCGGUAGCAUUGUGAGCUGCAAUUUCUAAAAGAAGGAGAAGAAAAUAGUCUUUCUCAGAUUAUCAUACGUGCCGGUUUCUCCACCCCUCAUUGGUCUUCCUAAAGGAAAGUUGUCGAAGGGGAGAGAGUGUGUGGUGUUUUAAUUUUAAAAUGUUAGAGAGCAAACAUACAAUGACUGGAAGAUAGUUUUUUUCUUUUCUAUGCAUACCUUGUAGUCAGCGCUUCUACAUUGGGCAGUCUUCACAAAGCAAAAGUCACAUCUCGGCAUUCUUUGAGAACGGCAGCGUUGGAUAUACUUCUGCCUUUGUUUGGCACUUGUGAAUUUUUGCGUCUUAAUUUUUUUGUCUUAUUUUAUUGUAUUUUAACCAAAAGACUAUUGCAGCAAGCCAUUUCUUAUGUUACACAUUUAAGCCUAGAUUUUUUUUUAAUACGUUGUGAAGUCAUCUGUAAACUUGAAUGGCAUUCACAACACAAAAAAAGUUGACUGUUUCUUAAUUCAUCUCAAGGGGCGGAAAAAUGGUUCGCUGAGACCUGGGAGUUCCCCAUGCCAAGCCGAAGAGAAGGACGCUGCAAAGUUUUAGAGAAUGUCCUACAUGCUCAUAGAACAGGCUGGUCACUUGUCUCAUGAGCAACGCCUCUAAGUUUGGACGAGACACUUUCAGGGGACAUGCUAUGUCUGCCAUAACUGCUACACUACUUUUUUUUUGUUGCUCAGGUUGUGCGUGCGAACAAGCAAAAUUAAAAAUAUCAGCUCUCCCAAACAUUUCUUCUUCCCCGCAGUGCAGCGGAGCAGCGGUGCAAAGCUCGCCUUUCAGGCAGGCGAGCAUGGGACGCACUGACUAACCAGUUGAGAACGAAAAUGAUGAUACAUGCGGGUCAGACACUUGUUUUGCAAUCGGAAGCCAGAGAUCAAACUGUAGCAGGUAUAUCGGCGUAUGCUGCGGGUUUCACGCAUGUUUUUGUGAUAAGUAUAACAGCUUUCGCCCAGGUUACAAGCUCAUUCUAGAAUCUCAACGGCCUGACACCACUUCCUCGUGAGAAAUGGCAUGCAAGUUAGUCUCGUAUCUACAGAGGCCUCAAGCUCAUUUUUUAUUUUGUCUUUUCUUGUUUCGUUUUAUUACUCCCACUGUGUGUCACAAGAAAACAGGAGAUUGCAUUGUUUUUUUCCUGCAUGUUUUUGGUCUUAAUUUUGCAAAAGGGCUUUUGAACAGAAUUUUUUUUGUGUGUAAAUGUAAAGCAUUGUUUACCAGCCAGAAAAAAAAAAAGAGAAGCUAGUCAAGUGCUUUAUUGGAAAUCAGACUUAACAACCACCACAGCGAUAUCACGGAGCAGAACUCAAUUUACAUUUUCUUCUAACAUUUCUGUUUCAUAUCUAGUUAGAAGCAGCCAUAUAACUUACUUAUUUGUGACAAGUCUUCAUACGUUUUGUGAGGGGGGAAGAAUGAAAGGGGAGACACUUUUUAUAAGUAUAGUUCUUUAUUUUUUGACACUGAUUAUUGCGACCGCUCGCUUCAUUUGCCCAAACUGUUCGGUGCGCCUUGUUAUUUUUCCUUCGGUUUUUAGUUGUUGCUAUUUUUUGCAUUUAUACAUUGUUGUUGUAUGCCGCUCAUUUUGCGUCGACCAUGGCCCAUGCAUUUACCGACAGGCUUGUUGGGCGUGCGUGUGUGUUUUUUUUAAAUCUUUUUCAGUUGUUUUAAUUGCUCAGUUCUUUCUGCAAAGGCAGGAUAUUUUUCCCUCUUCAUUUAGUUGAGAAUUAGCACAACUUAUAUUAAAGUGUUGCAGUCUUCUCCAUUUUUUUCAUUCUUCUUUUCAUUGUAUAAUUCACCGCCAUUGUGUUUCAGUCUGAGUUCGUACUGCAGAAACCGUGCGCUACUGCUUUUCUUUUGUUGUUUGUUUUUCCACAGAUAUAUAGUUAUUACAAAGCGUAGCUCUAAAACUCAACUCCUCCCUGACAGAUUUCUUUUUUUUCUUAUCCUCUUUUUUAAGAAUGUCCAGUGCCAAUGCCGUUAUCGAUUCCUUCAAAUUGUUUAACGAAAUACAAAAGCUAAUGCAGAGCGCAAGUUCGUCUGCUUCUUGCACAAGGGUUACGAUGAUGACAGAAUGCCGAGCUCUUAUUGGCUGAUUGGAAAAAAAUAAGUGGGUAGACCUCAAGGCAUCUUGCAUUCUGGUUUACGCACUAUCCUUUCAUUCAAAGCCACCAAGAGCUCAGCGUCGUUUUGACGUUACCAUAACUCCUGCACAAGAAGCAGACGACUUGCUAUCCACAUUGGACGCUGCUCCCAUGCGUGCGGCAGCAUUUGUGUCCAAUGUGUCAUUUAGUAAUUUGAAAGCCUGUUCACAUAUGCACCGCAGUGCUGACUCAGCACUAUAAACACAGCACUGACUUACUAUAUCAGUGCUGUAUCAGCAUUUUGCUGCAUCUGACCGUGCCUUUUCCAGCAUACACACACAAUGCAGCAUGAAACCAGUGUUGACAGUAAUGCUGUGGUGCGAUUCAGCUGACUUUGCAUUAUCUCAGCGCUGCACUGCAUGCGUGGACCGGCCAAUUGAUUAUAUGCAUAGUAUAUUAAUUCGCCUUCCUAGGCUUCUUCAGCAUGCCUACUUGUUUUACAGCAUUUCUCUACACCUUUUAUUGUAAUUUUUGUUCUGCCAUUGUGAAUGUUUACAGGCUGCCAUUCUUCAGAGGAGAAAAAAAAGGCAGGACUGGGGGUGGGGGGCGUAUGUUUGUGUGAUUGAGUGAGAAGGCAUGACGUAGAAUCUACACAAAUGCAGGAUCUAGUUCUACCUAAAGGUUCCCGGUCUGGGAACGCUUGGGUUCAGCAUACACGAAAAGGCUCAAGUGAUUCAGCGUAUGUUAUCGAAUAGUGUAUUCCUUUAAUAAAUUAUUCUGCCUG